AUGAAGGUCCUCAAACAAGCAAGUAUUUUGUUUAGUGUGGGAAAGUACAUUGAAGAAUUAGUUUGUGAUGUGGUUCCCAUGUUGGCAUGUCACCUACUGUUGGGGAGACCUUGGCAAUUUGAUAGAAAUGUUGUGCACCAAGGGAGAUCCAACAAAUACACUUUUGUGAUUGAAGGUAAAAAGUAUGUGCUUGCAUCUCUCACUCCAUAUCAAGUGAGUGAGGACUAUCGGGCUAUGAAGGAGCUUCAGGAGAGAAUAAAAGACGAGGCGACAAAAGGUGAAGGUGAAAGUUCCACCAUCGUUCCAAAGGAGGGGAGUGCCUUGGGCUAUGAUGAGCUAUUUCCAGAUGAGAUUCCCGCUGGAUUACCACCCUUGAGGGGAAUCGAGCACCAAAUAGAUUUUAUAUCGGGUUCACAAAUCCCCAAUCGUCCAGCUUAUAGGAGUAACCCGGCAGAAACCAAAGAGCUAUCAAGGAUGGCACUUGCAGAAUGUGUAUGA